GUGGAUAUAUCAUUGAUGAAUUUGUUGUUGAACACAUCCCAAAGCUUAUUAAUUUAGACCAUCACAUUGUAUUUAAAGAGAAGCUUAUAAAAUUUGUGUUUGAUCAAGACAGCCUCGCUACGCAGGAGUUGAACUCAUCUAGUAAAAACAAAUGGAAUCAAGUCUAG